UCUGGAGCAAAUACUCAGUGACCACCUUACACAUGACCACGCAUUGCUAAAACCCCUUCUUCUUUAGACUAUUCUCAUAUUCCACACUGCAACACCCAACACCAAGAACCAACCCAAACGAUGUCGUUUAUGCGCGGAGAUUUACUUUCUCAAACAAGGAAGCUCGUGAAGGGUUUGGCCAAGGCACAACCCGUAUGGCUGAAAGCCAUGGAACAGGCGCCACCUGCAACAUUUCCUCGAGUUGCAGAAAAAAUUCCGACCAUCACUCUUCCUGAGGAUGCUUACGUGAAGAAGUUCUAUAAAAAGUAUCCGGAAUCCAAAAGCCAUGACCCCAUUAGGUUUCAUGCUUUUGACCCUCCUCCAUCUCGUAUCUUUGCCUUGAGGGUUCUUGAAUUGAAAGAGCAUGGUGUUAGUGAGGAGCGAGCAAUGGCUAUAGCUGAUAUGGAAUAUCUGACAGAGAAGAAGGCGAAGAAGAAAGCAUAUAGCCGUUUGAAGGAAAUUGCACGUAUUCAAGGAAAGAGACCUCCUCCAAACCCAUAUCCUAGUGCUAUCAAGGAGAUACAAGCUGAGGAGAGGAAAUAUGUUCGUGAUCGUUUCUUCAAUCCCAAGAUGCUCGAAAUUGUGAAGCAACAGAAAGCCGAGGCAAUGGAGAGAUUCAAUGCGCGUGCUGGUGGUGAUUGGUGACUUUUAUGGGGGAAACUUACACUGCAUUCAAUCUUUGCCUCUCACAAUAAUGUUUAUCAUUCACCCACUGAAAACUGCAUACUUCUUCUUCUUCCCUCCUAUGAGGUGAAAUAUUUAUUUGUUGUAAUAGAUAAACUGCGAUAGAAAGUUUUGCAAAAUUUCAUGUGAAGGUCAUUUCUUCCAGGCUACUCAAGUUUUGCUAGCAGCAAUUACUUGGCUUGUUCUUUUGUUGAAUUUGAACCUUAACCAGUUUUUGAUGGAGUGUCUGUGUGCAUGCCAUCACUAAAAUGUGCUUCCUUUGGUAAACACAGGGUUUGAAAGUUGGAGGACAAGGUUAGAUAUUCAUGAGAGGAUUAUGUUUGGACAAUUCAUAUUGGAUGACGUGUUUGUAUUGUGUAUGUUUCAAACUAUAGUUGUGUAGAACACAAUCAAAUUACUAAUGA